CUGACUCAGAGUCUAGAGCAGUGGUCCACUAACAAAAAGUUGAAACAGAGAUUAUCUCCGCAAUCUCUGCUUUUGAUGGUGCUGAAGAACAGCAUUGGGGGUUGAAAGGUGCUUUCCACCAAUGCAAACUCCAGAUAUGGCAUGUGAACGCGCCAUGACCCGCGCUGCAGCUCGGCGCUUGAGCGCAGCGCUGAGCUCUCUCGACGACAAGCUGGCGAAAGUUCCUCUCAACGAUGGCACCUCGAUUUCCAGGGCAUUGCACUCCGUCAAAAGUCAAGUUGGCAACAAGGAACCAUCUCAGCCAAAGGCAAUGGGACAGGCGUUGGACCGAUUAGGCAAGUCUGCUGUGAAGAGGUCUUUGGCUCAUCAGUUGAAAGCACCUGGGCAAAGCCGGGCUGUUACAAAGGCCUCGCUGAGGGCGACUUCAUCGGUCGCAGUCACUGCAGGAAAGAAGAACGAAACGGUGUUAUCCUUACAAGAGGAGAGUGUGCGGUUGACUACGCAAGCCAUGGAUCACUCAGACAGCAAAGAUCAGACACUUGCCGCAGCCACCAGAGAGCCCUCGAAACCACGGAAGCGCCGGAAGUCUGUCAAGAUCGAGUUUGAAGAACACCACAUUGGAAGUCAGCUGGUGGCAUUGGCCGACGCAUCUGAUGCUGCGGAGAAAGUGGAUGCAGUUGCGGUUAAGAGGGUGCGAAAGAAGAAGGAAGCUCUUGUAUAUGACCCCGCCCCACCCAUGCGCUGGCUCGAAGUCCUUGAGUUGAUAAAGGAGAUGCGCAAAGGCAGGGACGCUCCGGUAGACUCCUGCGGAGCGGAGCGAGUUGGCCUUGAUGUGCCCCCCCGAGAGCGCCGCUUUGCAGUUCUAGUGGCGGCCCUUUUGUCCAGCCAGACCAAGGACGAGGUCACUCACGGAGCGGUCCAGCGCCUGAGUGCAGCGGGGCUGCUCACGCUGGAAGGGGUGCUUGGCGCCACACAAGAAGAAGUCCAGCGACUAAUAUACCCGGUGGGCUUCCACUCCCGGAAGGCCGGCUACCUAAAAGCGCUCGUCGAGAUCCUCCGACGAGAUUUCGGCGGGGACAUCCCCUCUACCGCUCAAGAACUGAUGGCCCUACCGGGGCUCGGCCCUAAGAUGGCGCAUCUCAUCAUGAAUGUCGCCUGGGGCCAAACGGAGGGCAUCUGCGUUGAUACGCAUGUACAUAGGAUCAGCAACCGGUUGCAGUGGGUGUCAAGAGGGGAGCGCGGGGCAGCGCACGUGUUGACGAAAGACGCGGAAGACACGCGGGCAGCGCUGGAAGCGUGGCUCCCACGGGACGAGUGGAUCUCCAUCAACCCGCUCCUCGUUGGGUUCGGACAGACCAUCUGCACCCCUUUGCGGCCCAAGUGCGGAGAGUGUCUCGCAAACGAGCUGUGCCCUGCCGCCUUCAAGGAGGGAGCGAGCUCUCCGCAAUUCCAUAGAAAACUAGGUUCGAAUCAAGGCAUUGUGCGUACACCGAAGACGGAAGCCGUUGAGGAGGCCGUGGGGGCAAACAUGUCCAUUGUUGUUUCUCGAGCAGAAAGGACUUGAGAAUCAUUUAUUUGAGCUGAGGAUUGUCCGCUCUGUACUUCCAUCAUGGUAACUCUUGAGCACUUUGCCUUUUCUGCAGCCCUGUAUUAGCUGUUG